AUGGAUCGAAUUAUAAAAGUCGAAGAUAUGCUGGAGGAGCAGAAGUACCAAGUUCAAUGGCUGGCGACGGAGCAAAGAGAUAGGUUUGAAGGGUUAACUGAGGACCUGGACGAAUCUAAUCGCUUGAAUAGAGAUCUAGCCGCCAAAAUGAGUCGCACUUUCAAAGAACAAAACGAUUGGGAAAAAAUCGUGAAUGCGAGGCUUGACCACCAAGAUUCUUCCAUCAACGCAAAGAUCCCGGAUAUGAAAUUCUUGUUUGAAUUGUUUCGGGACGACAUCAAGGUUCUCAAAACUAAGAGGUCGGACAAUGAGAGGCUUGAGAAGCAGCUAGCUCGUUCAGAGUCUCUUAUCGAGGAACACACUACAGCAUCGGCUAUGCUUGUUGAAAAACAGAGGGGGAUGAUCUAUACAAUUAAGCAAUUCGAAAAGUGCCGAUUACAACAACGCGAAAGGGAAACUGAAGCUCCGAACGAGCAAAGUGCUCUGGACCGAAUUGCAAAAGCGGAAGAAGUUACCAAGGAAUUCGUCAAACAGUUGAGAAGUAUAACUAGCCUGAUAGACAACCCUGAUGUGUCAAACAAACGAAGUGGCUCCAAAGAUUUUCAAAUGGAUAGCCUUGUACAGUCUAAUAAAAUAAUGAUGAUGCGUUUAGCAGCUUUGGAAGAGAAGAACGAGAUGCAUAUUUUCAAAGUUGUGGAAUUAGAAAGAAGAAACGAGAGGUUACAAACUGAAGAGAGGAGUUUGCGGUAG